AUGGCGGCGGCGGCGGCGCUGGCGAUGCGCCCCGGCCGGCCCGGCGACGCUUUAAGGCGGCUCCGCCUGCGCCCGGCCCCGCCCCCACCGGGGCCCCGCCCCACCCGAGGCCACGCCCCCUGCCGUCCAGGAUCGCCGGAGGCUGUCAGCUCGCCGGUGCCGACCGCCCGCGCCCCUCCCGUUCCCCGGCCGCCCCGGCCCCCCGGCCCCGUGGGGGUGACUUGUGGUCUCGCCCCCCGCCCCGCCAACCCCGCCCCGGAGGCCGGCCCCGCGGAGGAAUGCGCUGCGGCCGGCCCUGCCCGCGGUGACUCACGGCCCGGAGCCCUGGGAAGCACCCGGGGACGGAGCCGGCCCAGGACGCCCACCCUCCCGGCGCUCCGGCGUCUAGUCCCGCCGCUCGAGGGCUCGCGGCGGACGCCCCCCCGCGCCUUGGGGACCCUUCCUGGGGACACCGUCCGAUGGCCCUGCCCGGCCGGCCUUGUCUCCCACCUGCCCCUCACCCCCCACCCUCCUGCGGGCCGCGCCUGGCGGGAACCUUCGCUCGCCCACCUGGGCCGGGCCUACCCGGAGAGCAGUCCGGGGACCAAAACCCGGGGUGUCGUCUCCAUGGAGUCAGCGAAUGUGACUUUAUGUGGGCCAGGAGCCCAUCCGGCAGACUGGCCGCCACAGGGCUGCGGGCGCUGCGGGCACGCUGUGGAGCCCUCACCCGUAGGCGUGGUCGGGGGCGUGGGCGACCUGCCCCCGCCCCCGCCCCGGGGAAAUGAAACCCAGCGUCUCCGGGGACGGCCGGCAUCCAAACGUCCCUCCCGCUGCCCGUCCGUGCACCGGGCACAAACUCUGACACCCACGCCCGCUACGGCCUGCUGCGCGACUCACCACGGCCAGCCAGCAGGCCCGGAGUCCCGUCCCACCGCGCCCGGGGCCCAGCCGCCCUCUCCAGCUCCUCGUUCUGCUCAGACCCCAAAGGGGCGCUCCCAGCCGGGGGCCCGUCCUCCAGGGGCGCUCCCAGCCGGGGGCCCAUCCCGCAGGGGUGCUCUCAGCCGGGGGCCCGACCUCCAGGGGCGGCCUGUCCCCCAGGCGCUCUCCCAGCCGGGGCCCUUCCUCCAGGGGCGCUCCCAGCCGGGGGCCCGUCCCGCAGGGGUGCUCUCAGCCGGGGGCCUGACCUCCAGGGGCGGCCUGUCCCCCAGGGGCUCUCCCAGCCGGGACCCGUCCUCCAGGGGCUCUCCCAGCCGGGGGCCCGUCCCCCAAGGGCGCUCCCAGCCGGGUGCCCGUCCUCCAGGGGCUCUCCCAGCCGGGGUCCGUCCCCCAGGGGCGCUCCCAGCCGGGGCCCCGUCCCCCAGGGGUGCUCCCAGCCGGGGCCCCGACCUCCAGGGGCUCUCCCAGCCGGGGGCCCGUCCCCCAGGGGCGCUCCCAGACGGGGCCCCGUCCCCCAGGGGCGCUCCCAGCCGGGGAGAGGCUGGUCCCCGGGCAGACAACGGGUGGACCGGAUGCCGGCUCCUGGGCCGCAGGGAGGAGCAGGCUGGUGCGCUUGCCCUCUCCCGGCCCCAGCUCCGGCUCCUGCUCAAAGAGCAGACAGACACCCCCAGACCCUCUCCCGUGGCAGCAGAGGGCCCACCCGGGGACCCUGAGACCCCGCUGGCGGUGAAGCGGGUCCGGAGGUCUAAUGGGCCAGGUAAACGCAGCCUCCCCCCGAGAACCGGCUGCAAGAGCCCCAAAGACAACACGGGAAAGGCCUGA